AUGGAUGACGAUGAUGGCUACCUGCUGAGAUACGCUGUCAUCGCCCGCAAGGCGGUGCCUUCGAAGGCGGCAGUCAAAGACAUACCCACCAUCAUGAACCAGCUCGCUGACGAUCUCGCGCAGAUCACCGCGGCGCCCAGCAAGAGCUGGCGUGUGUUUGCGGAUGCAUUCAGCAACUCGCUGUAUGUGGAGUAUCGAGCCAACUCGAGCAUAGCAGAGAGCUCAAGUCGGGCAAGAGCAUCCAAGCACAAGCCCGGUAAGGACUUUGCGUUUCACGGUGUGAGGUAUCACCCCACGCGCGCCAACAACCAGUGGUCUCGUCUCGUGCUGUACAACGGGUCUAAGCCCGGAGACUUCAUCUACGACAACGGUGAUCCGUCCAAGUUCGUCGACCGCGCGGCCCUGCAGCGUGCCAGGGCCCACAUGACGGCCCCCUCCAACAUCAGCAUGGCGUUCAACCCCGACGGGUAUACGUGGUCAGCCAACGGUGCCACGCCUAAGAUACAGGAGUCGUUUGCAUCCGGCGUCACGGAUGAGAACUUGAUUCAUUGUCUUGCCUCGCUGAGCGGGGUAAACCCGGCGGCCUCGGCUAUAGCAACCACCGCAUACAUGUCUGCGUAUGCAGCGCAGGUCUUCAUUCAGGUCGCCGAGGAGCUCGUGAUCCGCCUGAACCCAGCAGCAUACGAUAACAACGGGAAUAUGAAUGCCGAGACUGGACAAGGCGGAGCGAUCGGGCACGUGUGA